AUGUUUUGAGAAGUGUUAGCAGUUCUUAAUGUGAUCAAAACCAUUAUAAAGGGACACACACAUAAAAUAUGGCAGGAAUACUGGGACAUAGCUGACACCAGACGACACCUAUAUACUAUACAAAAACAAGUAGGCACGAGUGUGAGGCAGGGCAGGAACUACGCAUCUUAGAAUAGGUCAUGCUGGCUUAAAUCUAACAUUAAACAGAAUAGGAAAGCACCCCACUGAACACAAGAGAUGGUAAAACACAUUCUGUUAGAUUGCAAAAGAUAUGAGAAGGAAAGAACUGAACUAGAGAUGCAAAUUGGAAAGCAAAACAUGACACUAAAGAACUUGCUAGGAAAAACAUCUGGGAAAAUGCACCGUCCCUAAUAAACUAUCUAAAAAAUACUGGGAUAAGAGAGAGACUUUCGUAACUUAGUAUGAAUGUCUAGUAUAUUUUUUUUGUUGUUUAUUUAUGUAUUAUUGUUAUUGUUGUUUUUUUUUCACCACCAAUCUGCUGCCUACACUCCAGUCCAGUAGGUGGCGGUAAUACACCUUAAAUUGGUUUGAUACCCGCCAUAAAAACAAAAAGAAGAAGAAGCAGCAGCAGCACUCGGAAAAAUGGCGGCCUAACUCUCAGCCAACUUCCGUUUGCAAAUGGAGCGAGGGAGCUAGGGAGCUGACUGAGACACACCCUUUGCCAUACUCCAGUUCAGUAGGCGGCAUCCCGAAGAAGUUCUUCCAAAGCGACGGCGUGUUCGAAAAAAAUAAUGACAUGGUUGGAUUUACAGUGUGGUCCGAUGGCGUUGGGUAUCCUAGCAGGCGUGGGCUGUGGGCUCUGCAUUGGCUGGUAUCUACGAGGGCGACUCAGAAAUUCCCCAGUCCGGGGAAUUAUGGCAACCUGUGGUGAGGAAGAAAAUGUCACUCAAACUAGCGUUAUGGGAGAGAGUGGUGAAUUCAAGAUGAUUCUAAUCGUUCGCACUGACUUGAAAAUGGGCAAAGGCAAAGUGGCGGCGCAGUGUUCUCACGCAGCAGUGUCCGCCUACAAGCAGGUGCAGCGUAGAAACCCAGAGCUUUUGAAACAGUGGGAAUACUAUGGGCAACCCAAAGUGGUUGUGAAGGUGCCAGAUGAGAACUCUCUGCUGGAACUUCUGUGCCAUGCUAAGGAGGUUGGCCUGCCAGUCAGUCUUAUUCAGGAUGCUGGAAGAACACAAAUCGCUCCUGGCUCAAGAACUGUUCUUGGUGUUGGACCCGGGCCUGCAGAUCUUGUGGACAGAGUAACAGGUCACUUAAGGCUGUACUAGAAUUAACUGAAGUAUAGAUUGUAUCUACUGGUAUAUACAAUCAUUAUGAUGUAAUGCUAUUUAGGUUCUCACUUGGUGUCACUUUUAAAAUUGACUCAUUUGUGUAUUAAAAUAUUAGUCACA